UGUGACAGGCAACAUCAUGGGAAGGUCCGCUGCAUCGAUCGCCGACAUUGUGGACGCCCACCAUCACUUCUAUGACACCAACGAGAAGCACUAUGCGUUCCUCAAAUCCCUUGGUGCGUCUCCAUACCUCCCCGAGCAAUACGCCAGCGCCGUCGGCGAUCUCCCAAUCUCUCGCUCGGUGCACAUCGAUGCAAUGCCCGACAGUGGUCUUGCCGAAGUCGAGUGGAUUGAAAGCCUCGUCGCAGCCGGACGCGCCCCUACCGUUGCUGCCAUUGUCGCUGCUUGCAACCUUGCGGACGACGAUGUCGAUGCCCAAUUGACCGCCCUUGUUGCCGCGUCGUCCAAGGUCCGCGGCAUUCGCUUCAUGGUCGAUUACGAAGGCCCGUUUGAUGGCGGCAAGAACGCAACCCACAUCGCCGUGUCACGCCACGGAAACGAUUACAUUCGCGACACCACGGGCCCAGCUCAGUCAUUUGAACGCGGGUUUGCAUUGCUGGCCUCGCAUUCUUUGUCGUUCGACUUGCAAUGCAGUCCGUUGCAGUUGGACGCCGCCGCCGCGCUCAUCGCACGCCACCCCGAAGUGCCCGUCGUGGUUGAUCAUUUGGGCAAGGUACGCCACCUUGCCGUCGACGGCAGCGCCGCAGAAGCGGCCAAGCUGACGGUGUGGCGCGCGGGACUUGCAAAAUUGGCGGCGCUACCCAACGUGUUCGUCAAGCUGUCCAUGUUGGGCUACGUCGUGCCCGGAUGGCACGAAGAUGCCAAGAAGGAGGCUUUUGUGCGCGACUUGGUGCGCGAAGUCAUCGGCCUCUUCGGCGUCCAUCGCUCCAUGUUCGCCUCCAACUGGCACCAGAACGGCGCCGCGGCCAACGCAGACGGUGCCGACUCCACCGGCCCCACCAUGCCCCAACUGUACGCAAGUUUUCACGACUGGGUGUCGGAUUUCUCAGAAGCGGAUCGGCACGCGCUGUUUGCAGGCACCGCCGCGACGUUUUAUCGCAUUUAACUACCCUUGAACACUCACUACACGGUUGUUGCCAAUGCUAUAGUCCUUUAUAAAACACUAGCAAUACUUCAAUAGUAUAGCUAUAUUCCCA